AUGUCCAGCGGCCUCCUGAAGGCGCUGCGCAGCGACUCCUACGUGGAGCUGAGCCAGUACCGGGACCAGCACUUCCGGGGUGACAAUGAAGAACAGGAAAAAUUACUGAAGAAAAGCUGUACAUUGUAUGUUGGAAAUCUUUCCUUUUAUACAACUGAAGAACAAAUCUAUGAACUCUUCAGCAAAAGUGGAGACAUAAAGAAAAUCAUUAUGGGCCUGGAUAAAAUGAAGAAAACAGCAUGUGGUUUCUGCUUUGUGGAAUACUACAUAAGAGCAGAUGCGGAAAAUGCCAUGCGGUACAUAAACGGAACUCGCCUGGAUGACCGGAUCAUCCGCACGGACUGGGAUGCCGGCUUUAAGGAGGGCAGGCAGUAUGGCCGGGGACGGUCUGGAGGCCAGGUACGAGAUGAGUAUCGACAGGACUAUGACGCUGGGAGAGGCGGCUAUGGAAAACUGGCCCAAAACCAGUGA